ACUUCAGCCUCCUCCAGUUUCAGGAGACAAAUGUGGCUGAUGAAGGACUAAACCAAGCCUGUAGAGUGAUUAAAACAACCAGGAUUGAUCAUAAAGACACACUGGACCUGAACAUGCUCAAUAUUGGACCGACAAUGGUCGCCCUGCUGUGAGUGUGAAGCGAGUGGCUGGUUAGGUGACUGAACUUAAAGGAAUGGCACCCCUGAACAAUAAAAGUAAAAAGGUGCACAGGCCAGUUUCGCCCAGCUGUACGUCUGUGCAGAGUGAUGACUCCAUGGAGAUACUGAAUAACUUUAAAGAAAGGAAACACCUGGAGAACAAAAGUCUGCUGUCUGGAUUUGCUUCAACUAUACUGAGAAGUAUAUCUAUGAAGACUGACCGGUCACAUGAACCUUUACAAGAACACAGGCUGAGCCCUCGCUACGCUGAGGCUGGAGACGUGGCCUGUGAUCUGUGUAAAGGAAGGAAGUUAAGAGCGUACAAGUCCUGUAUGACCUGCCUCGCCUCCUUCUGCAAGAAACACAUCAGGGAUCACUACACAGUGGAGGCAUUGCAGAGACACCUACUGGUGGAGGUCAGCAAAAUCCCCAGUAUACACCAGAAGAAUGCUCAGCUGAAGAAAAUAAUCAAGGAGGAAUGGGAUGAAAACCAGAUACUGGAGCAUGAGAUCCAGACCCUGGGGAAAGAGAAUGCUGCACUGAGGGUCUGGAAAGGGGAGACACCUGUAGCAGCUGAUAUGGUGCUGGGUCCUGAUACAGCUCACCGGUCACUCCUUCUGUCUAUCGACGGCAAACGAGUGCAACCCAUCAAUCACAGGGCAUACAGACUUGACAAGUACAAGUGCAUCCUGACCACAGAAGGCUUCAGCUCUGGACGGCACUACUGGGAGGUGCAGGUCAACAGAGAGUUCACUACUGGGGUCACCAGAGAGUCGGCUGAGAGGAAAGGGAGGUUCAGCUUCUCUCCUGCUCGUGGUUACUGGUGUCUCUAUCACUUCAGACAGUCCUUCACAGCUCUGGAGGAGCCCAGCAGGCGCCUGCCACUCAACUCUGUGCCCCGGGUGCUGGGGGUCUGUGUUGAUGUGGAUGAGAAGUGGGUCAUUUUUUUUAACCUUGAGACCAAAGAACACAUUUACACUUUCAAGCAUAUGAACUUUGCAGACGGAGAGAAGAUCUACCCUGUAUUCACCACCAUGGAAUAAUCAGUGGAUCUGAAGAUUAAGACUGUGAGAUAACUGGACUCUUGCUGGAUUAUUGCUGUCCAAACAUUGGGUAAUCACUGAUCAGAUUAUAUAUGGUUUAAAUGUCCUUGGCAGCAGUUCUCAACCUUUCUAAGCUGCAACCCUCUAAAUGUCAGGUUGGACACACUACUUUCAAGACACUUAAAAUGUGCCCAGCAGGCACUUAACAUUGUCACAAUUCUGAAGUAUUGUCUCCACACUGACGGAGUUGGGUGAGCGUUGCUAUACCAUAGGAUUGGUGGCUUUGAAGUGUUGGUACAUCAAUAUGAUUUCAAUGUCUAAUGUUCUGUAACAUCAGGAAUUUUGAACUUGAUUUUAUUAUUGGUAUAACAACUCAUUUAAAUACUUGUAUAACACUGAAUUGUAAACAUUUUCAAAAUUGAUAUCAACUCAUUUCAACACUUGGUAUAACAAUUGUGAACUAUUUUUAAAAACUGGUGUAUUAACUUCAUUUCACACUUUGACAUACUGUUUUUAAAAAGUAAUUUGUAUGUAACAUGUUAUAUGUAAACCACCAAAAUAUAAAUAAAUAAAUAAUAC